AUGUCAACAAAUUUAGCAAAUUACUUCGCCGGUAAGAAAGAUCUUGAAAAUGAGCAUGUAAAUAGAAGUGCUAACCAUGAUAGUAAUAUUAAGGGUAAUGGUAGUGUUGCUGGUAACAAUAAUGACAACGACAACGAAGAUAUGGGACCUUCAGUAUCAAUGGCCGUUCAAGCAAAAAAUGAUGAUGAAUUUCAUAAAUCAACUUUCAAUUUAAAAAGAACAAGGUCAAUGGGCCUCCUCGAUGAAUAUAUUGAUCCUACUAAGAAACUGUUAGGAAGAUCAGACGACUUAUAUGAUGACGACAAUGAAUAUUAUGAAAACUCAUCUGGUAAUUCUUCAAGCAAUUCUUCAGAUGAUGACUAUGAUGAUGAUGAUGAUGACGAUGAUGAUGACGAUUAUCAGGACCACUCAACCUCCGUCUCUCCACCACCCCCGGACAACGAUAGCUAUUUAAUCCCACAAGAUGAUAAUGAUGUUGUGGUGGAACCAGAAAGACACGUUGAUUAUCUGUCGCACGAAUGGAAGGAAUCUGAAAUCUCUAAUUCUUGGAAAUACAUCAUUCUAAAGAAAAAGAAAAGAGACGUCGAUUUGGUUAAUGCUGCCAGAUUAGAAAACGCCUCAUGGAGAACGUGGGCAAAAGCAAGAAACAAUUUGAAAACAGUGUCACCUGAAGUAGUUAAUUGGUCAAAGGAUUCUGACGUUACAUGGUUAUACGGUCCUAUUGUAAGAGAUUCUGAAGGUAAUUCCAAAAGUGAAGAAGAGCAUGAUCUGGAAAGGGGUUACGGUUCAGAUGAUGAAAAUUCCAAAAGAAUCUCAAAGCCUACUAAAAAACCAAAAUUACCAGUGGCUGCUCCCAAGCCAAUUUUAAAGAAAAGGACCGUAACAGAAAUCAUAGAAGAUAAUGCUUUAUGGAAACUGAACGAGGCAAGAAAACAUAUGACUGAAGUCAAGCACGCUUCAGUAAUAAUGGAUCCCAACGGCAAUAAAAAUGUCCAUGAUGACUUCGAUGCCCUUGCUGCUCAAGUUAACGCCCAGUAUUAUCAUUAUCCUAAGAAACCAGACAAUAACGCUAGUUCGAAUUGUCAACCUUCAGAUAAAAGCAAUGGUUCUCCUACAAUACCGAAUUCUAUAGGGACAAAAUCAAACAGUGGUGAUAAAAAUGAAAAAGAAGAUUUUCACCUGAAAUCGGCACUCCGCGUUCAAAAAAAUCAGUCAACGACACAGUCUGACAAAGGCAUACUGAAGAAUAAUACCAAUAUUCGUGUUGAGGGUCAUUCUGACGAAAAUCUGGAUUCUUCUUUGUGUUCUGAUAAUAACCGGUUCUUCUCAUCCAAAUCUUUCACUAAUAGAGACGAUGAAAAUCAUUCGUUAGGAUUGUCGUCAAUAUUAACCUCAAGUCCAAGUGAAAAAUCCAACAAGUCCACCAAAAAUAGACAUAUACAUUUCAAUGACAGAGUGGAACAAUGUAUGGCACUACGAUAUCCAGCGUCACAAUCAGAAGAUGAUGAAAGUGAUAACGGAGGGGGAGGAUAUGUUGAUGUUAAUAACAAUGCGAACGUUACAACGAUAAACAAUAACCGGACUCCAUUGCUAGCUCCUCAUAAAAACUCUUUCUCAGUGAACUCUUCAUCUGAGCACCUUCAUAGAGAUACUAGCGAUGACGAUAUGUCAUCGGCAUCAUCAUCGUCGUCUCACUCGGAUGAUGAGGAAAAUGGUGGUCUUUACAUAAAUGCGAGAUUUUCAAGGAGGUCUGAUUCUGGAGUUCAUUCGCCAAUAACAGAUAAUUCUUCUGUAGCUUCCUCUGCCACCUCAAGAUCCCAUGUACGUCCCAUAAUAAAGUUACUUCCUGAUACAACUUUAAAUUAUGGAUCGGACGAAGAAUCCGAUAAUAGUGAGUUCAAUGGGUAUGGUAAUGCUGUUUCACAUAAUGUCAAUACCUCUAGAGGCUAUGACUACAUAUAUGAUUAUAAUUCGGUUUACACUGGCGACACUUCUAGUUUUCUUCCAGUAGAUUCAUGUGAUAUCGUAGACGUGCCUGAAGGAAUGGAUCUACAAACAGCUAUUGCUGAUGACAACGCAUCAACUUAUGAAUUUAAUAAUGCUGUAGAGUCCAAAAAAAAACAUGCCCCAAAACUUCAUAAAGCUACAACCAAUACAAACCGCCAACAUGGAUCACAUAUGCUAUUAUAUGACGACGACAAUUAUAGUUCUUCAUCUGACAGCGAACAGCAAUUUAUUGAAGAUUCCCAAUACAACAGUAGCGAUGAUGAAGAUGAUGAAGUUAAUGAUGGUCAAGCAGUAGAUGAUAACAAAGACGAAGGACUUUCACUAAGGAGAACAUUGUCAUUGGGAAAAUCGGGGUCUACUAAUUCUUUAUGCGAUUUAUCACAACCACCACUUUCUUUAGCAGUCUCUUGUCAGCAAAAGAAUCCCACUAAUUUCAUAGAGGGUAAAGCCGACGCAAACAAGUGUGCGCAACUGGCUGUUAGACCGUAUCCGUUGAAGCGCAAUUCUUCUUCAGGGAAUUUCAUAUUCAAUUCAGAUAGUGAAGAAGAGAGUAGCAGUGAGGAGGAACAGAGGUCAAUGCCCAGAUCGAAUCUGCUGGCCAAUCAAGAUACUUCAAAAGAAAGUAUAACACCAGCUAACAUACUGUCCCAAAAGAAAACAGUCAUUCCAAAGCAAUCAAAGGCACCUGAUAAUUCACAAAGCUUUAGAAUUAUAAAUAACACUCCUUCAUCUGCCGAAGUCGGUUCGAGUGCUGUUGCCAUAGAAGGUUACUUUUCUCCAAGGAAUGAAUCUAUCAAAUCUGUCGUUUCCGGAGGAAGUACGAAGGACCAACAAAAUCACUCAGAAAUGGACACCUUGGCCAAAGGAUUCGAAAAAUGCCAUAUAAAUAAUGCAGAUAGUUCAAAGGACAGGAGUAUUGAAAAUGUUCAAAACAGAAGAAAGGAGGCUUCUUUAACAGAUUCAAGUAACGAGAGUUUACAAAAAGUGAUGCAAAAUGCAAAGGGUAUGGCAAGCAAAUACUUACAUUCUUGGAAAAAAAGUGAUGUCAAGAAACAAGAAACCGGUAAUGACAACAAUUGA